GUAGACGCAAACGUAGACCCAGACGUAGACCUGUGGAGUGGGUCGGCUGAUAGUCGACGGCGCCGAGCAAUCGGGGAGCGGCUGCAACCAAGUGAAGUUCGCUAGACACAAGGAUAUGCAAAGGAAUCUCAACCGUGAACCCACGGACGCCCUUGGAUGUCGCGUCACACUUCUCCGGAUGACGUAGACUGGAGACCACAAGCUUUUUCCGCGUGUCGGCACGGCUUCUGCAAGGCGUGCAUCGGUCGACGCCAACGAUUGGCCGGGCUCUCGACCAGCUUUGGGACAGCUGUUUCCGACUGGCCACUCAUUCGCCGCCGCCGCGCGCCAUCACGCGCCACACGCAAGCGCGGCGUGCCGUGCUGCGUAGAGCCCGUCCAAGGCGCGUUGCCUCGCACGCGACGCCGUGCGCCAGCUCUGUCGGAACCACCGCGCCACUUGGGACAGCCGUGGGAUAUGCAGUGAGUCACGAUGGUGGCAUAAAUCCAGCCACGCGUGUCGCGUCCAUGCUUCCGCAGCGUCAUCGCCAGAGGUCUGUGGGUCGGGUUCGACGAGGCGGCCGCUCCCCGUUUGGCGUGACGGGCGCUCGCACGCCGGAGCCAACCGCGUACAUGUAUAGAGAGCGCCUGAAAUUUGGCGCGGCGUCGGCGAUGGUGGUACCCACGUGACUUUGACGUCACAGCGGUCGACCACGACGUCAGCAUACAAACCGCAAGAUGUAAAGCAGGAGGUCUGCGAAAGAAAGCAAGCCACGUGGUGCGCCUCUAUGACGGAUGGCUAAACGCUCCAUGACGACGUAAUCGCCCAAGGUCCGUGGUGGUGGUGGACACUUGCGCAUUUGCUAUGUUUCGGCUUCGUCGGCAACUCCCGUCCGUGGCCCGCCGCUGGUAUUCGGAGACGCACAAGGUCAACGACCGCGUCAUCGUGCUCUCGAACGAUGCGACGUCGCACCAGACACCCGUGCUUCUCGGCCUCAUGAAUACACUCGCCAUCAAAUACCACUCGGUCGGCUACUUUCGGCCGAUCGCACCACCGCUGGGAUCGGACCACCACGUCGAGCUCUUCAAGUCGGAGCUCAAGCUGCCCGAGACUUACGAGCAGCUCGUGGGUCUUCACCACGACGACGUGGUGAACGCGCGCUUGACCGGCGACCUCGACAUCAUCACCGAUACGAUCGUGGCCAAAUUCGAAGCGCUUCGCGCCAAGCACGACUUUGUCGUUAUCGAAGGCGCAACGUUCGAGUCGGCGCCGGAGCUCGCUUGGGACAUCAACGUCGAGCUCGCCAAGACGCUCGGCGCACCCGUGCUCCUCACCAACGACUUUUGCGACCUUCCCGACACGCAGCGCAUUGAAGAUGCGAUCGCGACGCGUGUGCUCCUGGGCAAGGACGCGGUCGACGCGGCGGGCCUCACGUACAUUGGCUCGAUUGCGAAUCGCGUGCGCAGCUCGACGCCGCUCGAGACGCGCAAGCGGGUGCAAGAUCUGUUGCGGGAGAAGGGCGCGGCCGACCCGACGAUCUUUCUCGGGGCGCUCCCGCUCGACUCGAUUCUUGCAUCCAAGCGCUUGAACGAGGUCGUUGCGCAGCUGCAGGCGACGCAGCUCUAUGGCCCGGCGUCGCCCAACAGUGUUGUCGUCACCGACGGCCUCAUUGGCACAAGCGACCUGAAGGAGCUUUUUGGUCAUCUCAAGGCCCACGAUGACGGUCUUCUUGUGAUCACGUCGGCCGACCGCACGGAUGUCGUGCUGGGACUUUUGGCGAGCCGUGCGUCCGGUGCCCUUCCCAACGUCGCCGGUGUCAUUUUGACGAAUGGCUCCUACCCGCAAGACCACGUCAAGGACAUUCUCGACGGCAUGGCCAAGAUCGACAACGCGACGAUCCCGAUAUACACGGUCGAGGGCGACGCGUACAAGACGGCGAACGCGCUGAGCCGCGUCACGUGCGAUAUUCUGCCCACAAGUCAAACCAAGAUCCAGCAGUCCAACAUUCUCUUUGACAAAUUCGUGUCGCGGAGUGCGCUCAUGGACACAGUGUGCCAAGCUGUCAAGAGCACGAAGCGGACGCCCAAGCAGUUCAAGCACUUUCUCUUCUCCAAGGCGCGCAAGGUCCAGCAGCACAUUGUGCUCACCGAAGGCGAAGACGACCGUAUUCUUCAGGCCGCCGAUGAAGUCCUCCGGCGCGACAUUGCCAAGAUCACGAUCCUCGGUGACGUCGACUCGAUCGCGGCGCGCGCCAAGACGCUCCGACUCGACUUGUCGGCGGCGUCCAUCAUCGAUCCGUCCAAGGCGGCGGACCUCGACCUCCUCGCCGCACGCUUCUACGAGAAGCGCAAGGUCAAGGGCGUCUCUCUCGAAUUUGCCCGCGAGUCGGCGUCCGAAGCGACGUGCUAUGGUACGCUCAUGGUGGAGAUGGGUCUGGCCGACGGGAUGGUCUCGGGUGCCUGCCACACGACGGCCAACACGGUGCGCCCGGCGCUCCAGCUCAUCAAGACGCGCCCCGACCGCCCGCUCGUCUCGAGUAUCUUCUUCAUGUGCCUCGAAGACGACGUGGUCGUGUAUGGCGACUGCGCCAUCAACACAGACCCGACGGCCGAGGACCUCGCCAACAUUGCGGUGCAAAGCGCCGAGUCGGCUCGGGCGUUCGGCAUGGAACCCCGUGUCGCGCUCCUCUCGUAUGCAACCGGCGACUCGAACAAGGGACCGAUCAUCGACAAGGUGCGGGAAGCCACCAAGCUCGCGCAAAAGAUGGCGCCCGAGAUCCCCAUGUACGGCCCGAUCCAGUACGACGCGGCCAUGAACCCGCUCAUCGCCAAGCAAAAGGUCAAGGGUCUCAAGAAGACCGAGAUGGAAGUCGCGGGCAACGCCAACGUGCUCAUCUUCCCGGAUCUCAACACGGGCAACAACACGUACAAGGCGGUGCAGCAGUCGACCAACUGCCUUGCGAUGGGCCCGAUGCUGCAGGGCCUCAACAAGCCCGUCAACGACCUCAGCCGCGGCGCGACGGUCGGCGACAUUGUCACAACGAUCGCCAUCACGGCGAUCCAGGCCCAUCAGAUGAACGAAGCGGCCUCAACCUAAGUUAAUAUGACACCAACACUUUUGUGAAAGUAGACAGUAUUCUGAGUGG